AUGCGCAUCAGCUUCAUGAGCCUGGAGGGAAGCUUGCGCACCUCCGUCACCAGCCCCGCGCCGAGUCUGGAGGAAGUGGAGCAGCUCUUUAAGCUCAUCGACGCGGAUGGCGAUGGCUCCCUUGACUACAUGGAGCUGGACAUUGUCAUGAAGACCGUGCAGGAGAGAAAGUCCAAGCAGAACAGAGCCAGCAACUUCUUCGUGAAGGAUGAGGCGGAGAUGACUGAGCUGGAGAAGAUCGCUCUCCACUACUUCGUGCCAUUGUGGAACUACAUGGAGGCGCAUCGGUGGACUGUCAAGGAUUUCUUCGCCAAGUUCGAUCGCGCGAGCCACGGGUACUUGAGUUUCCGGGAGCUGCGCGAGGCUGGCAAAGAGCUUGGCUUCACCUGCAAGUACGAGAAGUUUGAUCGAGCUUUGAUGCUCCUGGACGCCAACCUGGACGGUGCCCUCAGCAACGAGGAGCUGCAGCGGGUCAUGAACUUUGUGAAGGUGCGCAAGCGGAAGAUGGGGCAGCGCCCAAAACUGAUGCACCCCGAAGGGUAA